UAGUAUCAAGUAGAAGAAGUGUAAGUGCCCUCCAAUUAUAAAUACUGAGACUAGGCAUUAGCUUAACCAAGAGCAUGUUUCUUAGAUAGUUCAAGUUCUAGUGUUCAUUAAUUUCUACAGGCAGAGAAUUGGUGAGAUCAAACAAUGUUUCCUAAAGGAAUGUCAACUAUAGCCCGCAGAGGCAUCCAUUACAUGCAGGAAAUACAGGCAGCAAAAGUAUCUCCUGCUUCCCUAGAGCAAGGCCAAAAGGGUGUGAUAGAAGCUUCCCUAGCACUUAUUCGAGAAAAUGCAAAGCUCAAGGGAGAACUUGUGCGUGCUUAUGGAGGCGCCGUAGCAACUUCAUCUCUUUUGGGAGUUCCUUUGGGACACAAUUCUUCAUUCCUUCAAGGGCCUGCAUUUGCACCUCCUCACAUUAGGGAAGCUAUUUGGUGUGGCAGCACAAACUCAACAACUGAAGAAGGAAAGGAUUUAAGGGAUCCACGAGUGCUAGCUAGUGUUGGAGAUCUUGCUGUCCAAGAAAUUAGAGAGUGUGGAGUAGAUGAUCAUCGAUUGAUGAAUGUAGUUAGUGAUGCUGUCAAGUUAGUCAUGGAAGAGGAUCCAUUACGUCCCUUGGUUUUAGGUGGAGAUCACUCAAUAACAUAUCCAAUUGUUAGAGCUAUCUCUGAGAAGCUUGGAGGACCAAUUGACCUUCUUCAUUUUGAUGCACAUCCUGAUCUCUAUCAUGAAUUUGAAGGAAACUUUUAUUCCCAUGCUUCUUCGUUUGCUCGAAUCAUGGAGGGCGGCUAUGCUCGUCGACUCUUGCAGGUUGGUAUAAGAUCAAUAAAUUAUGAAGGGCGUGAACAAGCAAAAAAAUUUGGAGUAGAGCAAUAUGAAAUGAGAACAUAUUCAAAGGAUCGCCCCUUUUUGGAGAACCUGAAACUAGGAGAAGGUGUUAAAGGCGUUUACAUCUCAAUAGAUGUGGAUUGUCUUGAUCCAGGGUAUGCACCAGGAGUGUCUCACCAUGAAUCAGGAGGUCUUUCUUUCCGAGAUGUUAUGAACGUCCUGCAAAAUCUUCAAGGCGAUAUUGUUGGUGGGGAUGUGGUAGAGUACAACCCACAACGUGAUACUGCUGAUGAUAUGACCGCUAUGGUAGCUGCUAAGUUUGUAAGAGAACUUGCUGCAAAGAUGUCAAAAUGAUGAUGAAUGUCUAGCUUUUUCAGAGUGACAUUUAGUUUUCUCUAAGUUUUAUUUGAAGUAUCAAUAAAGGAGUGAGUAUAGGUGUACCGUACGUGUACGAGUGAGUUCUUUAGCCUGAAUGAAAACAAGCUUGCGCAUCUUCUUUUAAUGCAUGUACGCCAGAAACCAUAAGAUCAGAACUUGUAAUUCUGGUGAUUGGUUUCACUUGUGCCGUUGUGCGCCCAUCAUUUGCCAUGUAACUUGAAUUUCUGAACAAGAACUCAAGCCUUAGAGUGUCUUUAGUUGUUCUCAAA